AUGGAAAUCGAAAAUAAAACAUCAAUUUUAUCAAAUGAUAGUGGCAAUGUUUGCCGCGUUUGUCUUGCAACAAAUCAAAAUAACCAAUGCAUUUUCAAUGCUAAACAAAGUAAUUCUAUAGACGAAGAUACAAUUGAUUUAUCUGAAAAACUUCGCUUGUGCAGUGGUGUAGAGAUAUUAGAAAAUGAUGGUUUACCUUCCACUAUUUGUAUGAAAUGUAUAUUAAAAAUUAAUGAUGCUCAUGAAUUAAGACAACAGUGUCAACAAUCUGAUAUCCAAUUAAGAGAAUUAUAUGGUAAAGUGGAAAAAAUAUAUAAUAUUAACUUAUGUAAGACUACAAUAGAUCAAUAUUGUCAAACUGAUUAUUCUUUUACUUCUGAUUUAAUUAAAAUUGAAACUGCAAUGGGCUAUAAUCCUUAUUCAAUGAUAAUUGUUAAUUCAGAUACUAAAAAUAUAAAAGAUAAUGAAAUGAUUAAUGAAUCAAAAUAUGUAGAAGAUAAAGAAUCUAAUAGCAAUUUAAAUAAACAAAAUGGUUACAUAAAAUGUAAACAAACAGAAUAUGAAAAAAAUAUUACAGGAAGAGAAGUUUAUCGAACAAAAAAAAUGACAAUGUUUAAAAGAGUAACAUUUAUAGAAAAUUUAAAAAAUCAUAAGGAAAGACAAAGGCAGUACAUAAAAAAGAAUACAACUGUUAAAUGGGAUAAUGAUGCAACAGAUAUUAAAAAAAAAGAUUCUCAUAUUUGUCCAAAAUGCACAAGAUGCUAUUCUAGCAAAAGAUCUUUGGAUAGACAUAUUUUGACUCAUGAUGAAAAAAGAUUUACAUGUGAUAAAUGUAGCAAACAUUUUUUUCAUCUUGAUAAAUUGAUACAGCAUAGCAAAUUGCAUAUGAUUAAGGAAAAACCUAAACCAGUACUAUGUAAAAUAUGUAAUAGAAAUUUUAGAAAAACUGAUACUAUGGUAAGACAUUUAAAUGUUCAUAAAAGAACUAAUCCAAAAGAAGUUCUUUCCAUUCUAAAGGAAAUAAGAGAUAAAAGAAAAUUGGAAAAUAUUGAACCAGAAAAGAAGAUUUUUGAAGCUGAAAAUAAUAAAAAUAUAAAAGCAAUAGAAGAAGAAUUUAUAACUAAUGAAAAUAUUAUUUUAAAUAUCCAUAAAAAAAAGACAUUAGAAUCUAAUGAUAAAAAAUCCAAUUCAAAUUUAUCAGAUAUUAGUGCUGAAAAUAUUGAUUCUUUUAAUCAUGAAACACUUUACCGAUGUAAUUAUUGUACUAAACAUUGCGCAAAUGAAAAAUCAUUUCAAAAACAUAUACAAAUUCAUAUUGAAAAAAAAUUUGUUUGCAAUGUAUGUAAUAUGAAAUUUUUUCGUCAAGAUAGAUUAAAUAGUCAUAAGAAUCGAUAUGGACAUGAUGAAAAGGCAGUAUCAUUAGAAACACAAAAACCAUGUGAUGAUAAAUCAGCUAUUAAAUUAAUAAAUAGUUGGAUUAGAGAGGAACUUGAUUCAGAUAAUGAAGAAAAGGGUUUUCCUUGUAAAAUUUGUGGAAAAUCAUAUGAUACAAAAAAAUCUUUAUUAAAACAUCAAUUGAGUAUGCAUAAUGGAGGAGGAGAAAAAAACUGUCUGACAUGUGGUAAAAUGUGUACUUGUGAUGAGAAAAUAAAAAAUCAAGAUAAACCAAAUGAAAGAUUAAAACCAUUUCGAUGUGACGAAUGUAAUAAAUCCUUUGAAAAAGAAAUUAAAUUACAGAAACAUAUAAGAAUUCACGAACGUGCUAAAGAACAACAAGAUGUAAAUUUUAAACGAUUUUUAUGUCAUAUAUGUAGCAAGACUUUCAGGCAAAAUACAGGUCUCAUGUUUCAUAUGAGAACACAUACAGGCUAUAAGCCUCAUGUUUGCAAAUAUUGUGGAAGAGGAUUCACAUCAAAUUCUAAUUGUAUUAAUCAUGAAAGAACUCAUACUGGUGAUAGACCAUUUGUUUGUCAUUUCUGUAGUGCUGCUUUUGCCAAAUCAUGUACACUUAAAGCACAUAUUACAACACAUACUGGAGAAGCAAAUUAUCAUUGUAAAACGUGUGGUAAAUCAUUUAGAAGAUUAAAAUACCUGAAAGAGCAUAAAUUCACGCAUACGGGAGAAAAACCAUAUGCUUGUAAAAUUUGUGGUACAGCAUAUAGUCAUUCUGGUAGUUUAUUUGUACAUGAGAAAAAAUGUAAAGCACAAUAUAAUAGCUAUCAAUCUAAUUCAACACAAAGUAUGCAAGCUUACUGUGAAUCUGAUAUUUCUUCACCAAGUGUGACUCCUAUUAUCACAGUAUUACCACAAAUGUAUCUAAAUAAUACAAGUUCCAUGAAUACACAAAAUAGCAAAAGUUAUAUUGAUAAUAUUCAAAAGAUAAAUUCUCAGAAUAUUACCAAUGGAAAUGCUGUUAACACAUCAGAUUUACAUAUUCAUUCAAAUUCUGAUAUUUCUGAUGUUUCUUUAGCUGUAAAAAGUUUUGCUCUUAUUGGACAAAUGUUUCAAUAAUAAAUCAACUAUAAUGAAUGAUUAA